GGGAGACCAGAUAUAGUGAAUGCAGGGUCCUGGGGAGACCAGAUAUAGUGAAUGCAGGGUUCGGGGAGACCAGAUAUAGUGAAUGCAGGGUCCUGGGAGACCAGAUAUAGUGAAUGCAGGGUCCUGGGGAGACCAGAUAUAGUGAAUGCAGGGUCCGGGGAGACCGGAUAUAGUGAAUGCAGGGUCCCGGGAGACCAGAUAUAGUGAAUGCAGGGUCCGGGGAGACCAGAUAUAGUGAAUGCAGGGGUCCGGGGAGACCGGAUAUAGUGAAUGCAGGGUCCCGGGAGACCAGAUAUAGUGAAUGCAGGGUCCGGGGAGA